AUGGAGCUGAUUUAUCUUCUGUGUUCCAUCAUCUCGACGACAAUCACCUCCUUCUUCCUCUCCGUCCUCCUCCCAUUCCGCCACCUCAUCCGCGGCGUUUCCACAGCCGCGGACGCCGGAGGCUCCGUCUCGCUCUACGAAGGCACUGUCUGGCACGAGCGCCGCCGCCCCAUUCACCACUCCUUCCGCUACCCCGUCCGGUACGCCCUUGUCGACCUCGACACUGCCCCCCACGCGCCGCCGGACCACCUCUCCGCCGCGGAUGCCCGUCGUGUCUCCAACACCAACGGACCCGUUUUUCUUUUGACGAUACCGCCUAGCGUGGGAUACGUACAAAAUCCGUUGAGUUUGUACUAUUGUUAUGACGUUGAAGGCACCACCCGAACGUUGAGUAAAUGCAUUGCCGAGGUUACUAACACGCCAUGGGGUGAAAGAGUGACAUUUGUGUUCAACCCGAACUCAGAUUUAGUCGCGAAACCUCUUCAUGUCAGCCCUUUCAUGGACAUGCUUGGGAACUGGAAAAUGAAAACAAGCGAACCAGAUGAUAAUCUGCACAUAGUAAUUUCAGUACAUCAUCCGAAACUCGGUAAUUACUUCUCGGCCUCAUUGGCAGCCAAAAGAGUUUCGCAAUAUUUGCCAGCAGAUUAUUCACGCUUCUUCUGGUUGAUGCCCCAUAAGGUUGCAUUAUGGAUUUAUUGGCAUGCACUCAAGCUUUGGUGGAAAAAUGUCUCGUUUAUUCAACACCCGAGGUACCAGAAUCCAGCAUACAGAGAAGAUUCCUUGAUACGUAACCAAAAUAUUCAAAUUUGUCCAUUCUCGGGGAAUGACGAAGCAGAAAACCUUCAUACACAAGAGACAUACGAUCGUUGUUUUACAUGGAGAGAUGCCUCAUGGCCAUGGCGCUGA